CGCGCUCCGCCGUUCACGUCGAGCCCUUCUUCUGAUCUCCCCAGUACCGGUGUGCUGCACCGAAUGGUGAUAGAAAAAAUUCAAAGUCCAAAAUUUAUUUCCCAAAAAAAAUUUGUAGUUUUUAAAAUGAACCUGUAAAUGCCUUAGAAUGGACGACAGUCGCGUGUGAAUCCGACUCUUGUGUUUGAAGUUUUUUUCUAAAAGUUUGUUUAAACGAACUCGCACCGCAUAAGCGACCAAAUAGUGGCAGCCACCCGCGUCACAGGUGGAGAUGUCAGAGGCGCUAGCAGCGCGCAUCACCGGGCUACGUUUAUAUCAGGCGUGGAACGAUACACUAUAUUACAGUAGUAUCCCAUACACAUCUCUGUAAGGGAAGAGUGGCACGUCUGCUGCUAUUGAUCGGCCGCGACGUAGCUCGUACGCAGCGAGCGACUAACUGUUAGCGAGCGGUGACCGGUGCGAGGCGUUAUGCUCAGUGACUGCUGGAGAUGCAGAAGGAGGGCCGCGAAAUGUGCAGCCUGUCUGCGUUGGCGCGCGGCUGCCGGCCCGCGCCCGCACCCGCCGCCAAGCCGUGCUGCCUGUGCUGGUGCUGCUGCUGCUCCUGUUCCUGGGCUAAAUGCCUGGCGGCGCGCGGCUCGGAGGGCGGGCCGGGCAAGAAGCCGCGCGAGCCCGGACCCCAGGACCCGCUGCUGCCCGACGGAGACGCGCCACCGAGCCUAGAGGAGAUCCAGAGCUGGGGGCAGUCGUUCGACCGGCUCAUGCGGAGUGCAGCGGGCCGCAAAGUGUUCCGCGACUUCCUGCGCGGCGAGUACUCCGAGGAGAACAUCAUGUUCUGGCUGGCGUGCGAGGAGCUCAAGCGCGAGACCGACCCCGACGCCGUCGAGGAGAAGGCGCGCUUCAUCUACGAGGACUACAUCUCCAUACUGUCACCUAAAGAGGUGUCUCUGGACUCGCGCGUGCGGGAGGUGGUGAACCGCAACAUGGUGGAGCCGACGCCGCACACCUUCGACGAGGCGCAGCUGCAGAUCUACACGCUGAUGCACCGCGACUCCUACCCGCGGUUCGUCAACUCGCCGCUCUACAAGACGCUGGCGCGCCUCUCCGGCGGGGAGCCCGCGUCGCCGGCGGCCGCGGCCCCCUCCGCGCCCCCCGCCGCGCCCCCCUCCGCGGCCCCCGCCGCCCCCUCGCCGCAGUGACGCCGGCUGCGCUCGCGGAGGCCACUUCGUAGUGGGCGCGAGUCGCGAGUACCGCGCUAGGCGACUCCCACCCCGGAGGUCCGUCGCUUCCCCGAGACGGGCCCUCACUCGGAGCGUCCUCGCAGAGUGUUUUCUAUUCUGUAUAUAGUCUCGACAUACUUUAAUUAAACGGGUACUAAUUUUGUACAUAGUUAGGUUAAGUAAGAGUAGGUGCGCGCGCGGUCUGCCGCCGCGGCAACUUCGCUGGUCCACCGGCUGCGUCCGCCCCCGCGCGCCCGGCCCCGGCGCCCCA